AUGUGCAGCAAGCAGCUGAGCACGAGUAACUCCUUUAAAUAUCACAUGCAAUUGCAUGGCGAGGAUCGUCCCUAUGUGUGCAACAUUUGCGGCGAUUCAUUCAAGACACGCAACGCAUACGAUGGCCAUGCAACGCUCCACAAUCCCAACAAUUCCAACAAAUGUCGCACGUGCGGCAAAACGUAUCGUCAAGCCUCUUCACUGCGCUCCCAUCUCUUGAGCCACACCGGUGUCAAGCCCUUCACCUGCGACAUAUGCGGAAAGGGUUUAACACAGAAGUCCGGCUACAAGAAGCACAUGCUGACGCACACGGGCGAAAAGCCGCACACCUGCGACAGCUGUGGACGCAGCUUCCGCUACUCCAGCAAUUUGAUUGCCCACAAACGUUCGCAUUCCCGCAAAGUUGGUGCCGUCGAUCAACAAAAGGAGCAGCACGAAUAAUGCUAUAUGUACGACCAUAUAUAUAUAUAUAGAAGAAGUCACCACGAAGCCAAAACACUUCCACCUUAUGAAAACCUUAUUUCUAAGUGAUUAAGAUUAGAAUUCGGCUGGCACCGCAUUUUCCAUUUUGGAUAUUCAUGCCCUGCGGCAAACUUAAUAUUAACAUAGAAUAAGUAAGGUACAUUUAAAUAUUUUUUAAAUGUAGAAAUUCGAAAAGAUUUGGCAGCGAAAGUUUUCCAUGUAAUUUCACUUAUUAUUGUUGAAAUUAUUUUAUCUUUUAAUUUUGAAAGAGUUGUACUUGAAUUGACAUUUGCUACUAAUAUAAAUCUUGUUAAUUAUUCUAAGAAUAUUUCAAUUUAUUAAUAAUUUUUUAAUUGAAAAGUUUCCUUAUAAUUUUAUAUAUUUCUUUUGCUGCGACGGCGACAAUUGCGAUUGGGCCUGUGCUGAGCAUGGGUGCGCAUGUGUGCCGCCAGGUUGCGCCGAUGUUUCACCAUCUCGCCGCACACGUCGCACAAUUGCGAUUGGGACUGUGCUGAGCUAUUAUGGACACGCUUAUGCA